AUGGACAGAUAUCCGUCUGGUCCGGAUCCAGUUCCGGGAAAUAAUUGCGAAAUUUAUAUUAGUGAUAUUCAUAAACCUGAUAAUGAUACUCUUGGUUUAGCACUAGAAGGCACAAUUGACACUGAAAAUGAUAAAGAAACUGAUGCACAUCAUUAUAUAAGAACUUUAUUGUCUGGUGGAGUUAUUGACAUAGAAGUAACAUUAAAACCUGGCGAUGAACUUCUUGAAAUUAACAAUCAAGUGUUAUAUGGAAAAAAUCAUAUGUAUGUUAUUGAAAUUCUUAAAUUAUUUAAACAUCAAAUAAAAUUUGUCCGUGCUCGUCGUAAAGUUCAACAAUUUAAUGAAAUAAAUGGGGAAGUCAAUCGAAAAAGUACUCGUCCAACAUCAUUUGAUAAAUCAACUGAAAUUGUUCAUAAAGCUAAAAGUAUGGAAACAUUACAUUUAACAAAUAAUACUUUAUCUCGAACAACUACAGCACACACAUUAGAAGUCUUUUCAAAUUUAGCUCUAUGGUCAAAUUCUACAUUAAUUAUUGAAUUAAAUAAAGGUGAUCAAGAUUAA